UGCCGGGGGGAGGGGAGUGGCGGCGGCGGCGGCGGCGGCGGCGGCAGCGGGCGGCUCCCGCCUCAGCCUCGGCAGUGGCGUCGGCGACGGCGGAGUCGAAGCAGCCGCGAGCGCUCGGCUGAGUGUCAGCCGGCGGCGACCGCUCUAGAACUGGGAGUUAGGGACGCGCGCACCGGACCUUCCGUCGCCGCCGCGCCGCGGCUGCUGCUGCCGCCGCCCACCUCCUGAGGCGCCGGGGCCGGGGGAGCCGGGGGGCGGGCGAGCGAGCGGGCCGGGGGGAGGGUGGGGGAUGGCGCGGACCCCGGGGCCGGCUCCGCUGUGUCCCGGAGGCGGCAAAGCACAACUUUCCUCCGCUUCUCCCCCCGGGGCCGGGCUCCUGCUGCCGCCCCCGACGCCACCGCCGCUGCUGCUGCUGCUCUUCCCGCUGCUGCUCUUCUCCCGGCUCUGUGGUGCCUUAGCUGGACCAAUUAUUGUGGAGCCACAUGUUACAGCAGUAUGGGGAAAGAAUGUUUCAUUGAAAUGUUUAAUUGAAGUAAAUGAAACUAUAACACAAAUUUCAUGGGAGAAGAUACAUGGCAAAAGUUCACAGACUGUUGCAGUUCAUCAUCCUCAAUAUGGAUUCUCUGUUCAAGGAGAAUAUCAGGGAAGAGUCUUAUUUAAAAACUAUUCUCUUAAUGAUGCAACAAUUACUCUGCAUAACAUAGGAUUCUCUGAUUCUGGAAAAUACAUAUGCAAAGCUGUUACAUUCCCUCUUGGAAAUGCUCAGUCCUCUACAACUGUAACUGUUUUAGUUGAACCCACUGUGAGCCUGAUAAAAGGGCCAGAUUCUUUAAUUGAUGGAGGAAAUGAAACAGUAGCAGCCAUUUGUAUCGCAGCCACUGGAAAACCAGUUGCACACAUUGAUUGGGAAGGUGAUCUUGGUGAAAUGGAAUCCACUACAACUUCUUUUCCAAAUGAAACAGCAACAAUUGUCAGCCAGUACAAGCUUUUUCCUACCAGAUUUGCUAGAGGAAGGCGAAUUACUUGUGUUGUAAAACAUCCAGCCUUGGAAAAGGACAUCCGAUAUUCUUUUAUAUUAGAUAUACAAUAUGCUCCUGAGGUUUCAGUAACAGGCUAUGAUGGAAACUGGUUUGUAGGAAGAAAAGGUGUUAAUCUCAAGUGUAAUGCUGAUGCAAAUCCACCACCCUUCAAGUCUGUUUGGAGCAGGUUGGAUGGACAGUGGCCUGAUGGUUUAUUGGCUUCAGACAAUACUCUUCAUUUUGUCCAUCCACUGACUUUCAAUUAUUCUGGUGUUUAUGUCUGUAAAGUGACCAAUUCCCUUGGUCAAAGAAGCGAUCAAAAAGUCAUCUAUAUUUCAGAUGUUCCAUUUAAGCAGACCUCUUCUAUAGCAGUAGCUGGAGCUAUAAUUGGAGCUGUCCUUGCCCUUUUCAUCAUUGCUAUCUUUGUGACUGUGCUGUUGACUCCUCGAAAAAAGAGACCAUCCUACCUUGACAAAGUGAUUGACCUUCCACCCACACAUAAACCACCUCCGAUGUAUGAAGAACGAUCCCCACCUUUGCCUCAGAAAGAGCUUCUGUAUCAGACUGAACACUUGCCUCUGCAGACUCAGUUCAAGGAAAGAGAGGCUGGCAGUCUCCAGCACUCUAAUGGACUGAAGAGCAGGCGAUUUGACUAUGAAGAUGAGAAUCCAGGGGGAGAAGAUGGGAUUCAGCAGAUGUACCCCCUCUACAAUCAGAUGUGCUCCCCAGACUUGAGCCCUGGCAAACGUCAUCCCAACCAUGACCCGGAGCGAGUCUACAUCAACCCGCGGGAACAUUAUGUGUGAUCACCCUCUUUCUCCCAUGGGUGUUCUAACAAAUGUUUAUUCUUUAGACUGGGGAGAGGAACUGGGCCAAUAGGUAUGAUUUUAUUCUCUCUCCUAUAAAACAAUCCCAGUCUAAGUGUCUCGGAAGUUGUGAAUGACUUGGAGCCCAUAGUGAAUUUCUUCCCUCCCUCCCCCGUUAAGAGUUUGUUAACCACCAGCUGUGUUCAUGAACUUGACUUUGGCUUUGUGUGUUUCUGUGAUGAUAGUGUUUAACUACUAACAGUUGGCCUACAGUGGCAUGUUCUUUUAAAAGUAGAGCAUGUGCCUGUGAUGACAGCAGUGAUGUGCCACAAAAAAAGGCCCCAUAUGGAAGUAGUAACCUCGCUGGGUCUCAGGCAGACCAGCUUGUUCAUCUGCAACUCAAACAGGCAGUAAAGAGCUCAGAAUCCAUCUCACUAAUUAUUUAGUUGAGAUUUGGCUUUUCUCAACAUGCUUCAUACAAUUACAAAACCUGUGUACAAACAGGAGGCCUGAGGAAAGAGGUAAAGUUUGUUGUUUAUCCCAAAAUAACAAGAGGCAGCUGAAACCUCCAAGCCUAUUGUUUGCUUGUGAUAUUGUAAUAUGCAUUUUUUUCUUGCUCACUGAGGUCCUGAGGGAUGCAUAUUUCUUGCUAUUAUCAACCUAGUGUUGAGUAGCUGUGUGCUAACCAAGGUUCUUCUCUUACUUGGUCAUUGUUCCCACAGUCCUGUUCUUUAUAAACCAGAUUAGCCUAUUUUCCAGCUAUUAAAUUCUAAAAGCCCUGUCUAAAUGGUGGACAGCCUUGAGCCUUUUCCCUUUUUUCUUUGGCGUUGUGUAUGACAAGCUCAGUUUUCACUACUGAAAUUUCUUUCAAACUAAUCCCAUCCAUACAGCCUUCAGCUACCCUUUGCAUUCUUUAAACCAUUGUUGUCCAAGUUUUAUCUACCUCAGAAAAGCCUGCUGGAAAAUCACCAUGAACUCCUGUUCUUAAAACCCAGGUAGAAAAUUUGAACAGCUGGGGGGGAAAGCCACUUUAAUAUGGCAUAUGUGCAGAAACCCACAUGUGGUCCAUGAUCCCGCCUCCCCUUCUUAACCUGGUCAACAGUAAGUAAAGAGAUGCUAAAACACAAGUAAUACAGUGACUGGCUUACCAGUGUAUCCUGCAACACCUGCUAGCAGACAGGUGUGCCUGAUAACAUCUAUGUGAAGUUUUCUCACUUCCCUUUGCCAACUUGCCCGCACUGAGCUUGAAGGUAGCAAUUAUUGUGGGGUAAGCAGAGGAGAAAGCACAGGUCUACAUUCAGAUAUCUGUCAUUCUCCCUCACAUCUUAAGUAAAGCCUUGCUUUACUAUACUAUGUGUUCUGGAAGACCAUGGGUCUGUCGCAGAUAAAAAACACACUGCAGACUUGCCAUGUCUUAGGAAAGAGUGAUAUUAAGUGCUAAAAUAAUACACAUUUCCAACCUAAGCUUUGAGGGCAUGGGAUAAUAUUAACAUAGGUUUCUAAUAGGAUGCCAAAGAUAUGACUCAUGUGCUGGCUCUAGUCCUCGCCUGGGUGUUUGUUUCCUUUUUUUUUUUUUUAAUGGCAAUGCUUGGUCAGUCAAAUUAUCUAAGUUGUUCUACAGUAGUAAUACAUCUCCCCAUUAUCUGGGUGACCAACAAUUCUGUGAAAGACCAUAGUUACAUGGGAUCAAAGGGUGAAUUCCAAGGACCAUCAUUGCUGUACACGGUGCUACCUCAGAAUCGGUUCACUGCCCUUGCUAGCGAGCUGACACAGAAAGAUGUUACCUGACUUUAUUACUUGGAAUCCCAUCAGUGAGUUAAUGUAACUGAAGGUGAGGGGAUCCUUGAAAUUAUUUUCCAACAGAAGGAUGACUUUAGUCAGAGCUCUCUUUGGUAAGGAAGUGUUUUAUAAAUAUUGGGUAUUACAGGGGAAGAGACACUGUGGAGCACUGCCUCCUUUGGUGAGCUUUAAAAACGUUCUACACUAGGGAUGGUUUCUUAGGUCCUGCUGGGAAGCAGGUUGUUGAAUUCGUGUUACAAAAGUGUACCCUGGACCUACGGGGCAGUAGAGAUGUCUUUAUUUGCACUCUGGAGAGAUGAGGGAGCGCUGAGUUUCAGAGCCCUUGGACCUGUCUUCCACCCUCCCUACCGGCAAGAACCCACGAUUGCAAUUUUUAAGAUUCUUGGUGUAGUUACAGAAAAGAAAUCUCAGGAAGUAAAUGCCUCUCUCAACAGUCAGUUCAAUAUCCUCUUUUCUUCUCUGUCAGCUAGGAUAUUUCUUUAACAAACUGGUGGAUUUUUAUAGCUGUUGGCUCCUUACACAGAGGCUCCUGAUCACAGAGGUUGUAUAGUUGCUUAUCCUGGUGCCUCCCAUCUCUUCUAAAUACUGAGUGGAAUAGAAAGGAGCUGUAAAAGGUUUUGAUCAACCAGCCCCCUCAACCAAAAAAUGCAAUCCAAAAUUAGCCUGUUGAUCUCUAAAUUGGGAGCCUAGACCACUUGACGAUGGCCAUUUAAAUUUGGAAGGUAGACUCUUAAAGGUCAGUGAGUGAAGCUUAAGGAGAUAAGCCACAGCUGAUACUAGAUACUCUUCCCAGAACUGGUUUAUUAAAACACACUGAAACAGAAAUAAAUCCCCAGAGUGCUUAUCCACUUAUGGUUGCAGCUUUGCGUUGCAAGGGGGAGUAUACAUGCUCCAUCUUAAACACAUGCUCUUCAUUGCCCAUUUUGUAGGCGGCCCAAGCUCCAGGAAUGUGCAUUAUCAUUGCAGUAGCAGAUCACAAGGUUCUUUGCACCCCACACUAAAAUAAAGCCUUUGCAUCAUUUAAGAAUUUAGAUUGAUUCUUAAAUGGCAGUGAUUUAUUAUCUCUUCUAUGAGGGUUUCCCUCUUCCCAGCCUUCUUUUAUGUUCUAAAAUUGAUGAAGGCCAUGCUCUUGAGGACAUAUAAAAUUCUUACCUGUGCUGGCCUCCCUAUAGCAUGCACAUAGUAAAUGCACUAAAGAAAGUAAAAGAAUUAGCCCCUUCAUUAAUUUGUUAUGGUCUGUUUACUCAUAAGGGUAAUCUUGUUUCUUUGUCCAUCCCUUAUGAGAAUGAUUUCCUAAUUCCUCUCUCACAGUAGUCUGCAAUUCACUAUUGUGUUUUUCAUUGUGCAGUUUUCUCCUGCAGUGUGCUGGUCUCCUAAUGCUAUUCUUUCUAUCCAGCAGAUUUCCUCAAGACUCUUAUUCCCUGGGGCAUAGAGAAUAGACAUUAUACCAAGAUCAGAAGAAUGGUUCUACUCCCACAUUCACCCAUUUCUAGCCAUGGAAAUUUAGACACAUCCCUUAAUCUAUAUAGGGUAUCAGUUGUCCCUGUCUUCAUGCAGAGAUUAUAAAACCUUCCCUGUCAGGCUCUCAGAAAUGUGGGGAGAGUUAAAUAGAUAAUAAUGCAUGGGAAAUUGUAAUUGCUCUUCAAGUGAAGAUGCCUAUGGCUCUAUUAUUGUUGCAUUUUUAACCUGAACUCCCAGCACCCUUGCCAGCAUCUCAGUCUUUUGCAACUUACUCAUUGCCCUUUUGGGUUUGUUUCACAUUUUUUGAACUCCCAGGGUUGGUAGCACCCUGAGAGUGGACAGCUGAAAAGAAAGCUGGCUUUAAUAGAAAGCCAGAAGAAGAGGAAAAAAGGUGUGAGGUAGAAAUGUCAGGGCCCUCACCUGUGACUCAGCUUGUUUUUCUCUUGUUCCUGUGCUUCACUGGCAAAAUUCUUUAUCCUUGGGCCUUUUUCAGGCCUCUUAAGAGGAUGGGGGGCUUCUAGUUCUUCUGUUAAACUGCUGUUUGCAAGCCUAUUCAACUAUAAACUAUGCCUGGAUUAAUCUUAUUGCCCCCAAAAGGUAUUUGUGUUUCCUCCAUUAAAGAAAAUUGUUGGCUCAGUGGUUAAUGAACCUGACCAGUGUCCGUGAAGAUGCAAAUUCGAUCCCUGGCCUCGCUCAGUGGGUUAAGGACCCAGUGUUUCUGUGAGCUGUGGUGUAGGUUUUGUGGGUCACAGACGCGGCUUGGAUCUUGCAUUGCCGUGGCUGUGGUGUAGGCCAGUAGCUACAGCUCCAAUUCGACCUCUAGCCUGAGAACCUCCAUAAGCCAAGGGUGUGGUCCUAAAAAGACAAAAAAAAAAAAAAAAAAAAAAAAAAAAAUUCUUGUAAGCUGGACUUGGCCAAUUUUGGUCAAUUGCAGUCACAACGUGGUUUUGGUGGCCUUCAGUAGGUAGGGGUAGAUGAAGGCUGUAGGUCUCCUCCUCCUAACCUUACCAGGUGGUACAUUACACAAAAAUCAGAUUUUAAGCAACUUCUGUGUCAUUCAUGCAUAUAAACCAGCAGGCCUCAGAAUAGACAUUCUAUAAUAGUCAAGCUGUCAUGUUAGCUUGAAAAAGCCCCCACCCUAUUCUUUUAGAGAACCCAACAAUAUCUCAUGUAAAGGGUUAGUAGAGGUGAAUCCAAUAAUAUUCCUGCAGAUUCAGUGUCAGGCAAUGUGAUCCUGUUUAACUUUUAGACCCAGAACAGGUUAGUAAUCUAGGAAUCCUGGGACUAAUGGACUUGCUAGAGCUUUAUGCCCUGUUUGUGGAAGGGAUAGAGGGCCCUGUGGUAGGUGGGCCAAUCCACAUUGUCUAACACCACUAAUUUGACCACUAAAAAUAAUCACUUAUUAACACAGUCUCUGAUGCUCUGGUAGUAGCCUCUGAAGUGACUCGAGUUUUUCAAAUGCUAACAACCUUUGGAGGAUGUAUUCCCAACUGGGAAACUUCACAUGUUAACUAACCACUCCUAGAGUGUAUAUUAAGACCAAUUAACAUAUGUCAGAAGAAUUUAAAUUACAUAGAAGAAUGUAACGGAAUUUAAGGAUCCUCACGUUAUCACACCCUCAUGCUUGGCUGAGGUCCAUUCACUGCUCUAAAGUCAACCACCUGCUGAAUAAUCUCACCAGCCCUUCUCCUUAGUGACAGCCUUUUCCUUCUCAGGUGUGUGUGGGGAGGUGCGGUGGGGAAGAGAGAGAGGAAGGUGGGGGAGCACCACUUGAAAUUCACAGUUGAAAAAAUUUUGCAGUUCAUAUACAAAAGAACCCUCACAUCUACAAACAUCUCACUAUUUCAGGCCCAUUUUACUCUCUUUGCUUUAGCAUUAUCGCCGCAAAAUGGUUAGAGGUAGGAACAGAGGCCAUAUUUACCUUGACAGCUGAAAUAUAUAAAAUAAUAGAUUUAUUUCAACUGUAUUUCCAUUAUCAGGUUAGUUAUUCUCUACUCACGUUUCAGUUCGUGGAAGUCUGAAAGUCUGAGUAGAAGAAAAGAGAAUGUCAACAAUUCAGAUGACACUAAGCAUCUUUUUACUAAACAUCAUCAGUUAAGAUCGUGAUAUGGAAGUUCCUUCUGUAUCUUGAGGAGAAGAGAAACCACCAUUGAUAAAUAAAGAUUCUCUCCAUUCCAUUGGUUGGGAACAAAUCCCUUUCAUUGGCCCACUCCCUAAAAUAUUCUCAUUAGUGAUUGAGAGCUAAGACCAUGAUGCAUAUCAAAUUACAUGCUUCUAAAAAGUUCUCGCUGUAUACCAUGUCUGAUACCUCCUGCUGGGAGGUGUAGGGAUAAAUGCCAGAGUUUCAGGGGAACAGAUGUUGUGAAUAUUUACGAAAAACAGCAAUGUCUCUGUGAAUUAAAGAUCUGCAGGGCCCUGUCCAGUAAGUGCUUUCAUCCUGGAGCUGUGUUGUUGAUAGUUGCCGUUUGUACAAGAUUUACACAGGAGGCAUGUCAUUUCCACCCAAGGAGCUAGACUAAAGGACUUGAAAUUAUUGCUAGAUUAUAACUGCCAUCCCAAACAAUCUUCAGUAAAUAAAGACCAGCUUCCUGAGGUAUAGUAUCAAUGUUUUACUCCAUCUAGAGGUGGGCGACUGCACAGUUCCCUUCUUAAAGUUUUUCCCAGUAUUCCCAUUUAAAAUGUUUAUCCUCAGGGUCUCCUGUGGCCCAGCAGGACCCUUGUUAGCAUGGCCUAAACCAGUUGUAUUUAUUAUGGUGGCAUGGGAUUGAACUGUGAAAGUUGAUUAGACCAGACCUCCAGGGAAAGCCCCAUUGGGAAUCCAGAACAUCGGAUUUGCUACGCUGGCUUAGAACUAUGGCCUAUCCUGCUACAAAUACGUCAGACACUCAUGAUGAAAUGUUUUACAUGUCUCUUCCAGAGGUUAGGAAUAUACUUCAAACCUUUGUAAUGUCACUUAAUAACUGAUGGGGGUGGGGGCGGGUGGGGGCAUCUAUAAAGCCCAGGGUUCCACAUGAGUCCCUAAUGCAUGGACACCGUUGUUUUGGUUUUCAUUAUUCUUCCCAAUAGCAACCAGUUUUUUUUUUUUUAAUACACCCUAAUAAAUUGAUCAGGCUAAAUUAAAUUCCUCUCAUAAGUCAUUCUGAUGGCUUCAUGUCCAUCACAUUUUAACUACAGGCAGCAGUAUUUUGUGCUAAAUGCAUUCGUUUGCACUUACACCCACACUGUGGCUCAUUAAUGCCUCUGUCUUUUCAUGUGGCCUUAUGAGAACUUGUUGCUCUAUUCCCUUCAACAGAGCGCUUUCAUAACCCAGAAGAGCAUUUGCCAUCUUAGGUUUCAUUGUGUAUUUGAAAUGCCAAGUCCUUUGUAAAAGCAAGAAAGAAAAAAAAAAGUUAAGUAGCUGAUAUUGCCACUGGAUCCCUAGAUUAUUCCACUUGUCCAUCCAGAAAAGUUCCUGUUUAUCCUCUACCUUCUGUUUCUAUUUCUAAGCCAGUGCUUUAAGACAUAACAUCUGCUCCAGCCUAUUCACUCUGCAUGUGGUCUUAACCUCUUAACUUCCUUACUUCUCAGUUUUACGCCUAUGAAUCAGUACUCUCCACCUCACAGGGGCUUUAGGGAGGAGGGGAAAUAAGAUGUUUGAGGGUUGUCUUCAUUUUAAAAUGAUUUUAUAAAAGCCCCUUGGCUUAGAAAAGAGAAAUCCUAUAGCUAUUAUUUUUUUCUUAUCCUUUUGCUAUUUUUGUUUCUUAAAAGUGAUCUCUGUCUGAAGAGAGUCUUUACCUUGGUUUUAGCUUUCUUCCCAUUAACCCUUUUCAUGCUGAAAUUGUCUUCUCUACCUUAUCCAUGCUCUGAACUCUUUAGCUACAGAGCCAAAACUAAUUCUCCCAUAACAAAUUCUACAUGUUGUAACGUCCAUCACUAAACAAAUUAAGAUCCUCCAGAAAGAGGCAUCUGGCUCUGGACUUAAGAUGUCAGAAUGUAAAUGAGGUCUCACUCUAGCCCUGGCAAGACCUCUCCAUGUGCCUUGGUCCUCCCUGUAUCAACUGAGGUUAAUUCUGCUAUCUCACAGCACCUGGGUGUUAUGAGUCCUGACAAAUAAAUGGUGAAAAGCAUCUUGCAAAUGUUCUGUACUUUAUAAAUGUGUAGUGGAUAAUCUGGGGAGUCCUCAGAUAGAAAUGUGUUCUUGUGUAGCUCAAUUCAGACUACUAAUUCGUCCAUUGCUUUCAAAAGGAAUGUUUUACUAAUCUGUUCUUUUUAAUUAUGAAAAUUAGUUUCUAGUCAUUUGAACUAUUUUUAUUUUUCUGUGUGGGAAGAGAUCAAUAGUAUACAGAAAAUACCCAAGUCAUAUUUUAAGUGCUAAAACUGAAAGGGUUGUAUAACAACAUAGUGGGUUAAGAAGGAGAAUUCUAGUGCAAAUGUGGUGAGAAAUAUGAAGAUUAUCUUUGGUUUUGAUAUUGUAUUAUAAAUAGUAGGUGUUGAUGUGGUUGUUUUUAGAUACUCUUUAUUUUUAAGUUACCAGAAAUUGUCUUUUAUUUUUGCAGUUUUGAACUAUGUGGUUCUUGAUAUGUUUUGAAUAAAGUUUUUAUCGACUAAACUU